AUGGCGGAAUUUUAUUACCAUAAAAAUGAACAACAAACUAAAUUUUCCAAUCAAUCAACACCAGAACUAUCGUCUGUUCAUACAAAAAAAAAUAAGAAUUCUCCGCCUAUGAAGAAAAAUUUAACUGAUGAUGACAAUAAUAAUGAAAUGCAUAAAACUACCUCAACAACUCAAGCUGUUCCAUAUCGCGGAUCAAAAACAUCAGAUCAACAACAGGCGACAUAUAAUCAAGUUUCCCGCACAUUGGUUGAUCAACUGUCAUUAACAGAAUCGUCAAAUAUGAAUAUUAUUGUCAAUCAGUCCAAUCAAACGCUAUCAAGUUGCACUGAUAAGAAUAGUAAUAAAGAUGAAUUAUCAACAAUUAAUGACGAGCCAAAAAACUCAAUAACAAAACUAAUAAAAAGAAAUAAGCCAAUAACCAAACCUAAUUUACGUCGACAAGCUAAUAUAAAAGACAAUUCAAUAUUAAAUGAACCAUCGAAUGCUCAAAUAUCGGUAAAUCAUUACAAAACUAAAUCUGAUAAAGCCAAAAUACCAAUUAAAAGAACUGAAAAAACAAUACCUAUUUUCAUUCCACCAAAAAAGUCAUCAACAUCAUUAUAUCCUUUUUCUGCCUCUCCAUUAGAUGAUUCACUUCAAAAUAGACAAAAAUCUUGUUUCAAACAACCAAAUAAAUUUGCUGAAAAUAAUAAUUCGCUAUCAAAUACAAAUUGGACAGAAGCUCUAUCAACAAAUCUAUUACGUACUCGUAUGCAAUCAUUGGGUAGUUCAUAUGAUGAAAAUUCAACUGAUGAAAGUGAUGAUGAAAGUUUAUUCAUACGACAUUCAAAAUCUAAAAUCAUAGAUCAACAAGUCAAUUCCUUUAUGCUACUGAAUAUCAAUAUUCCAUCCGCCAUAUUCAUUACUGAUCCAUAUGGACAUUCAUAUAAAUUUAAUCCAGAUACUGAUACACAAGAAAUCUAUGAUUGUGAAGAACAAAGUUUUGAUAACGAUUCGAAAUUAACUGUUAUAAGUUCAUUGAGCUCAAAUAAUUCAUAUGAUACUUGUUCACCAUCCGAAAUUGUAAGCAAUACAUCAAUAGCAUUACCGUCUCUCGAAAAGCAUAGAUUACAUAGUAUUGGCGAAGAAGAAGAAGAUGGUGAUCAAAAUUCUUCGAAAGAAUUUAAUCGUAAUGAAGUAUCGAAUCGAGCACGUGAAACAACAUCAAACAAAGAAAAAAAUAAAGAUGAUAGUGAUGCAACGAAGGUUGACACUGAUAAAGAUUUGCUUGGCAGACGUUGGAGCGAUGGAAAUACUGACGAUGAAAAAUUACAAAUUACAACAUCAAUAGUAAAAGCAUCAUGUUCAACCUCCAUAGCAAAAGCACCAAGUGCAACAUCUAUAACGAAACAAACAGUAAAUUCACCAGUUAAAUUAUCUUUAAAAAAAUAUCUUCUUAUGAAAUUACAUUUGGCAUCAUCAAGUAAAGAUGAUGAGUCGAAUAUGCCAUCGCAAACAAUAAAUCCACCAAAAAGGCGUCUAGUACGCCGUGCAGCGGACAAAACACGUUAUCAAACUCAUUAA